UAUAUUAAAUCCAUGUAUCUAUAUUGAGUACAAUACAAAUUUGGUCCAUUUCGAGCAUCGUAAGGCAAGAAACAGCGAAUUACAAAAAAUCUCAGUUCAAUAUACGUGGAUACAAGAAGCGCCAUUGUUUCAAGAAUACAACAUAUAUGAAAUCUAUUCUCCUCCGUGCGUUCGACAGGCGAUUGCAAUUUUGUUGAAGUCUACAAGUAAAUAUUAUAUAUUUCUCCGAGUGGUAACUACAAUUUCUUUAGUUGUCAAUUAAGAGAUUUAUAUAGACGACGACAAACGAUUAUCUCAGUUGGCCUGCAAGAAAAAUAUACAUCGAACAACGGCAAAUUCAUUCAUGACACGAGGUGGGAACUACGAUUAUUAUAUUCAAUAAAUACAUUUGAACAUUUUCCAUUACAUUUACAUAUUUUAAUUUCGUGGCAAUCGUCGUGCAAUGGCCACUGAUAGUGAAACUUCACUACGCGCCUCGCGAGGCUAUGUUAAAGGGGCGAUUACUCGUCUUCACAGUUUUGUUAGCAACGAGUCUGAAUUAGAAGAAAGUACCUUACAGGCCCUUACAACGCGUAAAGAAAGACUGCUCACAGCCUUCCGUGAAUAUGAAGGAUUUAAUAUGCGGAUUCUUUCAAUGCGACCAGAUGAUGACGAGGACGUAGCAGCUGUUGAAGAUAAAUAUCUAUAUACUCUUACCGUUCUUAAUGAAGUGAUUAGCCGUAAGACUUCUUGUGUAGAGGACUCUAAAAGUCAUGUUAAUACUAUUGCACGAUCGAAAACUAAGUUGCCCGCGAUUCAAAUGUCCAUAUUUUCUGGUAAUUAUGUUGAAUAUGUAGCGUUUCAAUCAUUGUUUACUUCAUUGAUUCAUAAUGACUUAACAUUAGAUAAUGUUCAGAAGUUGUAUUAUCUUAGGUCUUAUUUAAAAAACGAACCGUAUGAUCUUAUUAAGAACUUACCAUUAACAGCCAGUAGCUAUGAUCAAGCUAGACAAUUAUUAGACGAGAGAUAUAACAAUAGGUAUCGUAUUGUAAAUGAACAUAUUGGUCAAUUACUAGACUUACCUGCGCUUGUCAAAUCAACCCCUGAAAACAUUCGAGAUUUUGUAGCGACUCUUAAGCAGACUUUGGCUGCUCUGCAAAACUUAGAUGUGAAGGUUGAAACUUGGGAUCCAAUAAUUGUUUGUAUUCUUAAUCGUAAGUUAGAUACAUACACGGCUCGGUCGUAUCAAAUGGAAAGAGAUAUUGCCGAGGAACACAGCGUCAAGCACUUCAUCGAGUAUCUUGAGAAGAGGGCACUUGCAUUGGAGAACGCUGCGCCGUCAACUGCGAUGCCAUCUACCAAGGCCAAGGGUUUAUCAGUCAACGUAGCGGCUGCUGGUGAGAAAGCGAUGACGUGUCAUUACUGUAAGUCCAACAAUCAUAAAUUAUUUUCCUGUAAUACAUUCAAAUUAAUAACUUCUAUGGAACGCUAUAAAUUCUGUAAAGAUAAUAAGUUAUGUCUGAUUUGUUUGAAUAAGCACAAUGAAAAAUGCAAAUUUCAUUUCAAAUGCGAUCUGUGCAAAAAGGCACACAAUUCACUAGUUCAUCAUGACGAAUGUGACGAAGGUCCUGUUUCCUUAUUAUCCAAGGGCCACGAUUCUAAGGUUUUGCUUCCCACAGUACAAGUGAAAUUAUUCACAAAGGAUAAAAAGACGAUAAUAGUGAAGGCGAUUUUAGAUACAGGUUCACAAGCCUCCUCGCUACGAGCAAGUUAA